GUCAAGAUACCGCCUGCCCGCUUUUAUUGUAUUGAUAUUGGUACACACAGUGAAAUUAAGUUCAUGGGCAUUAGUCAUACAUUUAUAUUGUCAAAGUAAACAAAUUUGGGAUAACACUGUACCUAGAGUUCAAAACCAGGAAAGAAAAGAUAUCAACAUGUGGGAUAUAGCGAUUUAUUUAUUUAUAAUAAGUACGGUGGCCUAUGUCCUUAAAGAAUUGCUUUCUGAAACUCCUAAUUUCGUGAAGUUCAAAUUGAAAUUUCUUAUUUACUACGUAUGGACCUCUACCAUAUCGUUGAUGUUGAUGCCAUUCUUCAUGUUAGACCCGAGGAACGUGAAAAAUAUCUUAUUUUCUGUUGCAAUUAUUAAACACAUAACAAAAGUAAUUGAAAUUAAGUGGCACCUAAGAAAUGGGAAAGUCUUGGCAGAAGAUCGUGGAGCGGUGAUAGUGUCCAACCAUCAGUCAACUAUUGAUGUCCUAGGCAUGUUCAACAUUUGGCACGUAGCGGACAAAGUGGCAGCAGUGGCCCGUAAAGAGUUGUUUUAUGUAUGGCCCUUUGGCUUGGCAGCAUAUCUGUGCGGGGUGGUGUUUAUCGACAGGAACAACCCAAAAGAUGCUUACAAAACACUCCAAGUGACAUCUGAUAUUAUGAUCAAAAAUAAGACGAAAAUAUGGCUGUUCCCCGAAGGCACCAGGAAUAAGGACUUCACUAGCUUGCUGCCGUUCAAGAAGGGAGCGUUUAAUAUAGCCGUGGCUGCGCAAGUGCCCAUCAUCCCCGUCAUAUUCUCGCCAUACUAUUUUAUCAACAGGCCGAAGUACAUUUUCAACAAAGGUCACGUGAUAAUACAGUGCUUGGAGGCGGUGCCCACGGCGGGGCUGACCAUGGACGACGUGCCAGAGCUAAUCGCGCGAGUGCGCGGCGCCAUGGAGGCCACAUAUAAAGAACUCUCCAAGGAGGUGCUGAGCGCUCUGCCGCCCGACUACCCGCUCUAUACUCAAAAUUGAAGGCGACCACCAAAUCAUGACCAGUAUUAUAUGACUAUGUUUGAUUCGUAGAUAUCUGAAUGCAAACACUGCCACUGCCAUAUCCUUAAUACGCUAUUGCCACUUUUAUGUACCUAUAGCGUAUAAGUAUAUGUUUUUUCGACUGCGUACGCAUUAGUAAAUUUAUUACUUCUAAUAUUAGCUUUAAGCGGUCGAACAAAAAAGUGUGACAAUAUUGUCACACUACCUACAAAGAGUAGUACACGUACACGGAACGACUUAGACAUAAUUAUAGCCUGUAUCUUUAGGUAUUUAAAUAAAAGUAAACAAAAUCUACCCUCAAAUGGAUCCUUAAGUUAGUUGAGGGUAGAUAAAAACAUUACAUGAUCAAAUAAUGUAGGUUAAAGUCAGGUCGUUCAGUGACAGAUCCAGGUGGGUUUGUAUUUGGUUGGCUAACCAUGAUAACUACCCGAAUAUAUUUGUUUACUUUUAUUUAAAUACCUAAAGAUACAGAGUAUAGUAACAGUCGUGUUUCUAAAAAUGUUUUUCAAGAACUACAUAUAAAUACCACCAACGCCUAUGACCAUAUCCCUUGUAUUCGGAUAUCUAUGAAUCAAUUCAGUGGACCCAGCUCAGGCUUCACUUUCGAGCUCGACUGUUUACUAAUACUUGAUGGAAUAACCUUCGAUUGUACAUAUAUUUUAGUUGUUUACGAUUUACGUUCAUUACUUUAACCCUUUGAACGCCACAACUAUUUUAUAUAGCACUCUAUGGAGGGUGAUAUUAAAAAGUUAAGCGUGCUCGUCUGUGGACGUCACAACAGCGUCACAACUAUUUUAUAUAGCACGCUAUGGAGGGUGAUAUUAAAAAGUUAAGCGUGCUCGUCUGUGGACGUCACAACAGCGUCACAACUAUUUUAUAUAGCACGCUAUGGAGGGUGAUAUUAAAAAGUUAAGCGUGCUCGUCUGUGGACGUCACAACAGCGUCACAACUAUUUUAUAUAGCACGCUAUGGAGGGUGAUAUUAAAAAGUUAAGCGUGCUCGUCUGUGGACGUUCUUUGGCGUUCGAAGGGUUAACGAAACUGAAUCACGUAUGUGUAUACGCGCUUUAAUCUAAAAUAAUACUCUGAUCUUGCUUCUGAAUUAAUUGUGUUAAGUGUCUUACCUUAACACUUUGACUGCCGAGAACCCGCCUGGUAGGCACUCGCAAUGUUUGCUUAGAUGCCGGACAACCCGCCCAGCGGGUUGUUUUGUACGCAGAUAUAGACGACCGGUUUCUGGGGUAGUGCGCCGUUUUUUGCCCGGUUACGAAAGUGUUAAUAUUUAACAGUAUUACAAAUUUAACCUGUAUGUACAACUUUACUAACAUAUGUCAGAGAUCUGUCUUUGUUUUCUAAUGAGCUAACUCGACCAUGAACGUAAAGCCAAAGAAGCUGGUAGUUUACCAUGGUCUCGAAUUUCAAGAACGGAGCUAAUAAGUAAUAAAGAAACUAAAUAUAAUUCAAGAACGUCAGCGCAUUAGCAAUAACUACAUAUUUUGAGAAUUGGCUGUGUUUGAUUUUAAAUAUUUUCUAGUCAAAAGAUAAAUUCUAACCGUAUUUGGCUAUAAAUCUUCUUCAACGCAUUUUAUGGCAAAUCACCAAAUGGUUCAAUGGAACCGGCCAUUAGAUUAAAAUAGUUCGUAGAUUCGUAACUGAGCCCGGCGGCUAAUCCUAUUGUCUAUUGUUUAGUAAAACCGCACGUGCUACUUACCUGCAAAAAAGGGUCAUCCUUAUUCUAUUUGGCACCUGAGCGCAGGCUAGUCCAACGCUCAAAAAACCAGUGUAGUUGCGCUCUCCGAUAACGCGCCUUUGUUACGCAUCUCGAUGACACAUUUUAGACUGGUUCUGUAGCGUUCGACUCGCCGGCACUCAGUAACCGAAGUACGCAGGUUUUUAUGCAGGUGGUGGUGGCACGUGGCACGAGCGGUUUUACUUAACAAUAGACAAUAGGAUUAGCUCGGGCACAGUUACGAACCUACGAACUAUAAUAACAGUCAUUUUACUGUUCUUUAUUGAUUUUACAAGCUUUUAUUUAGUUUCACCUGACCGUUGUCUGUCUGUGUGUUAUCAAAUCUUGCAAGUUAAAUUUGAUCCACUUCCCGGUUUCCGAUUGAGCUGAAAUUUUCAUACCGUAAGUCGGGUGACAAUGCAAUAUUAUGGUGUCAUCGAGCUGAUCUGAUGAUGAUGAUGAUGGAGUCCGGAGGUGCCCAAAGGAACUAUGUGAUAAAACAACGAAACCUAAUUGUGUUUCGGGUUUUUAGAAUUGUCUCGAUGAGCAUUAGUUGCCUGUGGAAAAAAAAGUACAGUCAGCGAUAAAAGCUUGUACCAAAAAUUAUUUUUUUGCCAAAAAAGUGAACUCUUUUCUGUCAUAAGGUUGUAUUCCACUUGUCCCAGAUCUUUGUCCAAUAUGCAGGUGUCUCACUUUUUUUUCCAACCAAAACAUUGGACAAAGAUCUUUGACUUGGAACACCACUCUCAAAGGUUUUUUUUGAGAAGUCAUCUUAGUUACCUAAUUUAAUGGCUUACAGUAGGAUUUUUAUUUUACUUUAUAUUAGAGUGAACUAUGUUAAUCCCGCCGCACUUGACAUUUAUAAGUGCGCUUCAGCCGUAGCGUUAUGUGCACGCCGCCAUACUGCAAUGUAAUAAAAGUUAUAUGUAUGUCGUGGCCAGAUCAUAGAUUUUUAUCAUGAAAUCCCAUUUGAGAAUUGAUCCCUUCAUUAUAUGAUUAGGUAAAAUUUUCAUGAUGUGGCCAACCGAUCAGUUUUUCAUGAAAUUAUUGCCACAUCGUGAAAUUAUCGAUUCUAAUAUCUGGCCAUCGACAGCUUUAACCAACGUCAACAGUGAAGGCAUUUUAUACUUGUAUUAUUAACAUCUAUAACUGUGACUAUAUCUUGAUGUUAGUUUUUUUAAAUCUGUUUGUAGGUAUUUACAAAGUUCAGAGUAUUCAAAAUACCUAUUUUCGUAAUUUAUAUUUAACCUAACCAAUUUUAUGGUCAGUAACAUUGUUCGUACAGUUGCCUCCAGAAACUCGCGAACUAAAUUGACAUGAGUUUGACAAAUAAAAUGAUACCAGGAAUAGCAAACAAAAAAUAGUCACGGGUAUAUGUCGAUAAAAUGAUAUCGAUAAGUAGGUAAGUUAUUGCACUUACUAUACCUAAGUCAUAAUUAUAAAGGGGUCACAACCGAUUUCGAUUUAUAUGAAUGUGACGAGAAAAGUGGUUGUUUCGAUUGUAAGGUCGUGAUGUGACGUUACCGAUCAAAUCAGGAGGUGCGGAUGCGAAACUGACAUAUUUCUAUAUAAAAUAUUACAAUAUUUUUAUCCAAUAUCCUUGUCUCUAUUACUUACUAUAAAAUUGCACAGUUUUCGAAAUACCAAGUAACAUUUGUAAAAUAACUUAAAUUACUUAAAGAUACAUUUUAACUGACCGCGCAACAGUAACGCCGCUAGCGGUGAAUUUUCGCUAUAUUCUCUAAUUCAAACUUUUUUGAAAAUAUCGAUAUGAACAGCACUGGCCAAACUGUGGUAUCAUUUGUGCACAUUGACCUGUCAAUUUAGUUCGCGAGAUUCUGGAGGCAACCUUAGUAUUACUGUUACAUACUUGAUGUAUUUUAUAUAUAAUGAAACUUUCUUCGAAAAUAAGCAAUAAAGUAGUUAUACUACUUUAAAACGAUUCAAGUUCCAUUUAAUUAAGCUUUAGAAUUUUAUCUCGAGUUUUAUAUUACUACAUUUACUUACCUAUUACUAAGUUGUAACUCGUCGAAUGCUAGCACUUUUGUUGAUCAUAUUCAGAUUUAGAUCGUGCCAUUUUAUUUGAUAUUACCUAAUUACUAUAAUGCAUUUGUCACUUAACUAAUUUAAAACCUAAAUAUGUAAUAAUAUUCGGUGGAUUGUCUGCCUGACGAGGCUAACGGCAUUCUGUGCCGAAAUUUCAAUAAAUAUCUCAUCGGCACGCCUAUGUUUCCUAUGUAAUAUAAAUAAAACUGGCGACUUCAUCUGUUAUAUAUUGUGUAUUAUCCAAUAGUUGAACUUAAGAUCACCGUUAACCUCCCUAAGUCGCGUCUAAUUACUCUUGUAUAUAUAUUAUGGGCGAGACUUGUGCCACGUGUAGAAGAUGUUUAACCAAUUGAUCUUAAAAUCGGUUUAAUUGACCUGCAGGUCAGCUCAUAAAGUAUUAAUACGUGUAACAAAUGAUCUCCAGUUCGUAAUUGAGAUAAAAUGGAUGAACUUCGGCGUUUAUAUAAGCCCGUAUUAUUAUUAAUCAAUUACAUUUUCUAUUCUAUGCUAUGCUAUCAGUAUGCUAUGGAUGUUUGUUGAUGAUCGUUUAUGCACGACUCCCACUCACCGGGUCGAGCCAAAUCGAAUCCUACGCAUCAUAUUAGGAGCCGCGUCCGUGAAGAAUCAACUCGAAUCGCGCGCGCCGCCUCGACGUCUACACUGGCCGUUUUGUGCGCGAGGAAAUUGCCUCGCGCGUAUGCUCGCACUGUGUGGACCCGGGCUAUUACCGGACCCGGUUGUUGGGGAUCGUACAUUAAAUACGAAGAUGAACAACGAACGAAUGUUUAACAUUUAUUAUUGCUGAUUUUGAAGUACUUACCUAAUGUUUAAUGGUAUAUAUGAUGAUGAUCAAAAAAUACUAUCGAGCCAAAUAUUUUACCCACUGAGUGAGGAGUUGCGUUACAGUUCCUAUGUAAUAAGUCAUGUAUAUUUUGCAUGCGUUAAUAUAACCUACCUUCGUAGCCGACUAGGUGGUUAAUAGCUUAGCGAAAAACACCUACGAACAGAGAAUUUGCCUAGCGGAGCGGGGUGGGGGGUAUAUACGAAAAUAUAAAGUGUAACUAACCACCUGCCGCAGUAAGUUCCGAAAUUACACAAUUAACUUUAGUUACCGUAUUAAUGUACAGGUACACAUAAAAAUGAUCAAGAUCAAACUCUUUACAGAUAACGCGGGCUGGUGGACAAUUCAUUGACACUAGUAUAUUAUGAACGAAUUUAAUUUAGUAUUUUUCUGCUCUUCUGUGAAGUUUGCAACAAAAGUAGUAAUAAUAAUGCAUCAAAUAAGAUAUUUCUCAGAGUGGUAUCAUUGAUGAAUGGAAUUUACAGACUUUAUAAAUUGUAUGUACUCUCACAAUGAAGUAUUACUAUCGCAUUGCAUUGUCUUAUUGCAGGUAUUAUAAUAAUAAUCGCCAUGUAGUUUUUAAUGUCUAUCUCAAUGUGAUAACGUUAUAGUCUUGUCUUAACUCAAUUUAUGGUAACAUAAUAUGUUUAAAAAAUUUAAAAUUGUACAAUACUCGUACCUAACGUUUACAUAUAAUAUAAGGUGCUACUUUAUAAGUUACAUUUAUACAGCUUAUAUAGUACUCGGUUAAUGGAGUAUCAAAGUAUGAAACAUUACAGCUUUUACGAUGUUUUAUGGAAGAAACUGAAAAAUUUGCUAUAUAAAACACCCUGUUAAUGUGAUUAUUAAAUGUGAACUCAUUGAACAGAUUUUAGUUCAACCUCUUUUACCUCACCUAAGUGUCUAGCCACUUCAUCCUAAUAACCUUUUGCAGUUUUCCCGCCGAACCAUAAUGAAAUAAAAAAAUUUGUUCGGUAAAUCAAAAUAUUCUCAAUUUGUAUUUAAAGUUAAUUCUUUUAAAAGUAUCAUCUGUUAAAAUAUCUGCAACUAAUAAAGUAGCACCUUAUAUAUACGUACGUUGGUCACUGCCUAUCUAUAGAUAGGCCAAUCUUCAGGGACACGGUGAUGCGUUAGAGGGAGCAAGCGGUAUUGUUUUCUCGUUCGGUCGCAUAGGUGAACCCUUUCGAUUACGGUUGCCAUUAUGAAAAAAUGGAUAUACAUAUAGUCCUGACAUUGUUCAUAAGUCCGCCUUUUUUAUAGAAUAUUUAAAAUAUAUUUUAUGAAUUCCUUAUUUUGUGUUGAUACCAUAAUGCUACGUGAUUCAUAUUAUGUUACCACAACCUGAGCAUCUGUACUUGUAUCUGUAUUUGAACCAAAAAAAAUUAAAUGUGUAAAUUCACAUAUUUUCGUAAAGUGAAAUCUUUUAAUAAAAUAAUUUUAUGAUGUACAAAAA